CGGGCCGGCCCCAGCUGACACUUCAGCUCUUGUUGGGAGAACAGAGAGAGGCUCUUGUCUGCUGCCUGUCCUUGGCUCCACUGCUGGGUUCCCUGGAGGCUUUUCCUCAGGCUGCACAGAGUCCACCUGAUCGUGACUACAGAAUGGCCUCCAGCCCUGCUGGGGUACGUAGCCCACAGCCUUCCAGGGCCAAUGGAAACAUCAACCUGGGGCCUUCAGCCAACCCAAAUGCCAGUCCCACAGAUUUCGACUUCCUCAAGGUCAUUGGUAAAGGGAACUACGGGAAGGUCCUGUUGGCCAAGCGCAAGUCUGAUGGGACCUUCUACGCAGUGAAGGUGCUGCAGAAAAAAUCCAUCUUAAAGAACAAAGAGCAGGGCCACAUCAUGGCAGAGCGCAAUGUGCUGCUGAAGAACGUGCAGCAUCCAUUCCUCGUGGGCCUGCGCUACUCCUUCCAGACCCCUGAGAAGCUCUACUUUGUGCUCGACUAUGUCAAUGGAGGGGAGCUUUUCUUCCACCUGCAGCGGGAGCGCAGGUUCCUGGAGCCCCGGGCCCGGUUCUAUGCUGCUGAGGUGGCCAGUGCUAUUGGCUACUUGCACUCCCUCAACAUCAUUUACAGGGACCUGAAGCCAGAGAACAUUCUGUUGGACUGCCAGGGACAUGUGGUACUGACAGAUUUUGGCCUUUGUAAGGAAGGUGUAGAGCCUGAGGAGACCACAUCCACAUUCUGUGGCACCCCUGAAUAUCUGGCUCCUGAAGUGCUUCGUAAAGAGCCUUAUGACCGGGCAGUGGACUGGUGGUGUUUAGGAGCCGUCAUCUACGAGAUGCUGCAUGGCCUGCCGCCGUUCUACAGCCGAGAUGUUGCUCAGAUGUACGAGAACAUUCUACACCAGCCUCUACAGAUCCCUGUGGGCCGGACAGUGGCUGCCUGCGACCUCCUCCGUGGUCUUCUCCACAAGGACCAGAGGCAGAGACUCGGCUCCAAGGCAGACUUUCUCGAGAUAAAGAACCAUGCCUUCUUCAGCCCCAUAAACUGGGAUGACUUAUACCACAAGAGGCUGACUCCCCCCUUCAAUCCAAAUGUGGCAGGACCUGCUGACCUGAAACACUUCGACCCCGCCUUCACCCAGGAAGCUGUGUCCAAGUCCAUCAGCUGCACUCCUGAUACUGUGGCCAGCAGCUGUGGUGCUUCAAGUGCAUUCCUGGGAUUUUCCUAUGCGCAGGAGGACAAUGACAUCUUGGACUGUUAGCACAGAAGCAUCUGUGAAGCCACAGAAGCCAGCUGGUAAAGAGUCAAAGUUGUAAGUUUGAUGGCUUAAAAAGAAACAGGUGUAUUUUUCCCCCCAUUUCCUAAAGUAAGCAGUGUUAGUUUGGCCGGGGAUGGUAGGACAGGGUGUCAGACAUCCAGAGGUGUUCUGUAUUUCUGUUCUGUUCUUCUUGAAAAAUGGCUUCCAAUAUUAGAGUUGCUAUAUGAUGAAAACAUAGCUGCCAGUGACCUAGUUAGCACUUUUGUGUUCUGGGUAGUGGGGAAAGGAGGAAUAGGGCUGAAGAGGUAGCAAAAGGCACCAAUGAAGAGCUCUCCUGGAAGCCUCACCCAGUGACUUUAAUGACAUCUCACUAACUACCCCCUUGCUGGAGUGGAGCCCAGGCACAUGACCACCCCUGACAGCAGAGUGGUUCUGAUGCUAUGCGAGAAGGGGAGGACGCUGGUUAGUCUUCAGUUUACAUCUAUGAAAGUCAAGCUCAGGCUGUAGAAGGCAGGAACAUGGUAUGGUUUCAGUAACCACCUUGUAGGCAGCUAGCACUCCUUACCAGAGAACCUCUUGGUGUUUGCAUGUUUAUCUCAAUGUAUGAAAUGACAGAUAUGUACAAACCUAUAGGGUAUUACCAACAUCUUUUGCUGCUCUGUGUUGAUGAUGUCUUUGCUGUUGGUGGCACUGGACAUCUGUUAUUAGGUUUGGCUGUCUGGCAUCUGAACCCCUCCAGUAUUCACAGAAUCCCCUAUUUGAGUCUUGAUGAGGGGCAAUAACGUCCUCUACUUAAGAGUAGCUGAAAAUGUUAGAUAUUGACUUUCUCAGCUUCCUCUGAGCUAGGGACAGGCAUGUGGUCCACAGAUGCACUCGUGCCACACUUUGACCUAAAGAAGGGACAUGAGCUUUCUUUUAGGUCGCAACUGUGGUAAUGGUACCCACAAAAUUGAGUUCCUUAUAUAGUAAUAGCAUCAGUGCAACCCAGUGGUAAUGAGAAGUGGUUUGAAGACCAUCCAAGUAGACCCAGGUUCACAGCUGGAGUUGACUGCAGUUAACACUGUGCUCUCCUCAUGUGGAAUGCCCACGUGCUGGCCAGAGCUUCCUGACCACCCACUAAGCUUCACGUGUUCAAGCUUAAUCAUUUCUAAAUGCAAUUCUGACUGGACAAAAUGUGAGCUUGUACCACCUCAUGAAUUAAGGAUGCUCUGCUCCUGUGGGAUGAAUUAUGCUGCUUUAUUUCUGUGGGAAAGUAGUCUUUUGGUUUUUCCCCAGAUCCAGUGUACAUUCUUCAGCACAGCCUUAUCAGCUGUUUCUUUUGGAGACUAGAAGAGGAACUGCCUUAGAAAUGGUGUGUGCUCGCAAUUUUAUUCCCUUUUCCUCUUAGUCCCACUCCUUUAAUUCAGUUUUUGGUCCCUUUCCCCUUACCCCUGGACUUAGAAGAAUGAGACUGGGAGACCACAGGGAAAAAAAAACCGUUGACAAUGACUUAAUGGAGAUCAAAAAUGGGUCAUGAAGAACUAAUGUUAGCUUUUGACAUGUGCUGAGAACAAUGAGAGACACUCUGAUUUCCCUCCUAGUAGCACUUGUGAACUGUCACAUAUGGAACCUGUGGAUAAAAUUCUUACAAUUCCCCAAAGCAAAAACCAACUGUAUAAUUGCGAGAAAAAAUGAUGGAACGGCCAAAAGCAUGCUACCAGCUAUGGGUUGUAAAACACAUAAUGGUUCCAUUUUAAGAUUGUGAAAUCACAUUGUUUUAACCAGGAUAGAAAAUAAAAAUGAAUCUAGGUAUGGUGGUGCACGCCUGUCAUCCUGGCAGUCAGGAGACCGAGGAAGGAGGAUCAGUGUAAGUUUGCAGCCAACCGGGGUCAGAAAGUGAGCUCAAGUUGAGCCUGCACUACAAAGUGAGAUGCUGUUUUGAAAAAGCAAAAUAAAAAAAUGAAGAAAAACUGUGGUAGUAAAUUGAUCGUGCUACACCUAUGUUUACUGAGUACAUUAUACCUUUUAGGUAUAUUACCUACAAUCCUUAUUACAAGCCCACAUUUAGAAAUUAUUAACCUCAUUUUACAAAUAGGAAACAUUCACUGGGGAAGAUUAAGAAACUUUCCAAGAUCAUCCAGCUGGUACCAGUCACAGCCAGGAAUUCAGCUUACUGGCAUCUGACUCUAAAACCCAUUUUUCCACAGCCUCAGUGGGAGAAGCGCUCCAGGCAGGUGCUCCUUUGGUUUUCUAACAAACACUGAGUGAACAACAGGCAGAAGCAGC